CCCGGUUUGUAGCCGCCGCGACCGCCGUCUCCCCAGCCGCAGGAACCGAAGUCGCCGUCGCCGCCGCGGCCUGGGUCGCCGGCCGCCCGCCGCCAUGGAGGACUUCAUCGUGAUCUCGGACGACAGCGGCUCCGAGAGCUCCGAGGGGACCCGCUCGGGCCGAGCGCGGAGGCUGCGGCGGGCCCUGUCCCGGACCUCCGGCGCGCUGCCCCGCCGAACCGUGGACUUCAUCGACUUAACCCGAGAGAGCAGACCGAGGCCCAAGGAUCGCGGCGGGAUCUGUGUGAUCGACCUGACGACCACUGAGGACGAACCCAGACCUAUCGCCACUUUCGACUUGACCCUAGAGCCUGUUACUCCUCCCCAGAAGGAGUCGGCCAACCCCCACACAUGUGCCGGCCUCGCCAGCAAGGAGGCGUGGGAAGGGCGGGCGGACAGAAGCUCGUGGCCCGGGGCACGGAGGAUCAUUAACAGCGACCCCGUGGACGUGGACCUCUGGGAAGAGACCGCACUCGAAGAGCCCCAGCCCUCUCCGUCCGUCAGCGGGGACUCUGUUCAGCUAGCAGAGCCGAACUGCAGCUCGACCACGUUCAAAGGGGACCUCGGCUUCUUGGCCAGCCUGCAGCCACCUUCAGAUGUCCACCCCCUCUCCCCGGUGAGCAAUAAUGGUGGCGGCGGCAGUCAGAGGGUGCCCUUGGCGUGCCCACAGCAAGAUGCACCCGGCCCGCCGCAAGCCUUGCUGUGCCCACUGCGAGCCUUGCCGUGCCCGCCGCGAGACUCGCCGUGCCCGCCGCGGGCCUCCUCGUGCCCGCCCCGAGCCUUGUCGUGCCCAUCACAAGCUGUGCAGUGCCAACUACAAGCUUUGCCCAGCCUGCUUCAAGAAGCGCCAUGCCCUCAGAACGGGCCAUGCCCGCCUCAGGACCCAUCGUGCCAUCCUCAGCACCCACCAAGCCCACCUCAGGACUCACGCUGCCCACCUCAAGACUCCCUGGGCCUACCUCAAGGGGUACCAGGCCCACCUCCACUCGUACCACAUCCACCAGACGUGGCAUAUCUGCAAGGCACACCGUGGUCGCUGGGAGACAUGCCACGGUCACCAGGUGUGCCACAGUCGUCAGGAGACAUGUCACAGUUAUUGCGAGACGUGCCACAGCCACCAGGUGAUGCAUUGCAGUCACCUACAGACACGCCGCAGUCACCUACAGGCAAGUUGCAGUCACCUACAGGCAUGCCGCAGUCACCUACAGACAAGCCGCAGUCACCAAGAGGCAUGCCGCAGUCACCUACAGGCAAGUUGCAGUCACCUACAGGCAUGCCGCAGUCACCUACAGACAAGCCGCAGUCACCUACAGGCAUGCCGCAGUCACCAAGAGGCAUGCCGCAGUCACCUACAGGCAUGCCGCAGUCACCUACAGACAAGCCACAGUCACCUACAGGCAUGCCACAGUCACCAGGAGGUAUGCCAUGGUCACCAGUGGGUGCACCACAGUCACCUGGCAAAAUCUCACACUUACCCGAUGUGCCACAUUCGCCUGGAGACAUGCCAUGCUGGCCAGGAGGCCGGCCCGACCCUCCCCCAGACGACGCACAGAACCGUGACACCCCCAUGGACGUCUCGGCUCCCUCCUCUCCGAGCUGCGCUCCCAGCCCUCAGUCUCCGCAGUCCGAAACCUCCUUACACCCAGUCCCUUGGCUCUCGGUCACCGAAACUCCGGCCAGGACGGAGAUGGCCCUCUCGGGGCCUGCCGACCCCGGGCCCGCCCAGGUGGCGCCCAGCGCGCUGUACAACAGGCCCUGCCUGCACAGACUGAAGUACUUCCUGCGGCCGCCGGUGCACCACCUGUUCUUCCAGACGCUGAUCCCCGACAAAGACGUGAGAGAGAGCAAGGGUCAGAAACUGGAGCCCAUCCCCCAUCGAAGACUACGGAUGGUGACAAACACCAUCGAAGAGAACUUCUCCCUGGGCACUGUGCAGUUCCUGAUGGACUUCGUGUCGCCCCAGCACUACCCACCCCGCGAGAUCGUGGCCCACAUCGUGCAGAAGAUCCUGCUCAGCGGCUCGGAGCCGGCCGAUGUGCUCAAGGAGGCCUACAUGCUCCUCAUGAAAAUCCAACAGCUCCAUCCAGCCAAUGCCAAGACAGUGGAGUGGGACUGGAAGCUGCUCACUUACGUCAUGGAGGAAGAGGGGCAGAGCCUGCCGGGGCGAGUCCUCUUCCUGCGCUACGUGGUGCAGACGCUGGAGGACGACUUCCAGCAGACCCUGAGGAAGCAGCGGCAGCACCUGCAGCAGUCCAUCGCCAACACGGUGCUCUCCUGCGACAGGCAGCCCCACAACGUCAGGGACGUGAUCAAGUGGCUGUUCCGAGCGGUGACGGAAGGCGGGUUAACUCCGCCCCUGCCUGGGAGUCACGCCUCGGCGGGAGCAGGUGUCUCGAAGGCCGGCAGCAGCCACCCCUCGCCCCAGCCGGCCCUGACGAAGAACACCACGCAGGUGGUCGUGUGCCAGCUGCAGCGCAUGCUGUCCAUAGCCGUGGAGGUGGACCGGACCCCCACCUGCAGCUCCAACAAAAUCGCCGAGAUGAUGUUCGGGUUUGUGCUGGACAUCCCGGAGAGGAGUCAGAGAGAGAUGUUCUUCACCACCAUGGAGAGCCACCUGCUGCGCUGCAAGGUGCUGGAGAUCAUCUUCCUGCACAGCUGCAAGACGCCCACCCGCCUGCCCCUGUCCCUGGCGCAGGCCCUCUACUUCCUCAACAAUUCCACGUCGCUGCUCAAGUGCCAGUCGGACAAAACCCAGUGGCAGACGUGGGACGAGCUGGUGGAGCACCUGCAGUUUCUGUUAUCCAGCUACCAGCACGUGCUGAGAGAGCACCUACGGAGUUCAGUGAUCGACCGGAAAGACUUAAUCAUCAAGCGGGUGAAGCCCAAGCCCCAGCAGUGCGACGACAUCACCGUGGUGGACGUGGAGAAGCAGAUCGAGGCGUUCCGCAGCCGCCUGGUCCAGAUGCUGGGGGAGCCGCUGGUCCCCCAGCUGCGAGACAAAGUGCACUUGCUGAAGCUCCUGCUCUUCUACGCCGCGGACCUGAACCCCGACGCAGAGCCCUCCCCCGAGUGCUGGAGCGCCCCCUGAGGGCCUGCGACGCCCGCGCUGGCCGGCGCCGAGAAUACCUCCCGAACUAACUCUCUCGCCGGCUCCCGGAGUCCUGACAGUAUGAGAAGUAGCUGAGUCUUAGAGGACCAAACCCAUCUUAUUGAUCUGUAGGUGACAACUGUCUAACUCUCUAGCAAAUACUUUUUGAUAACCCAAUGCUAGCCCAUUCCCAGAUAUGGCUUAAAUAUAUAGGGUGUAUGUAUUUUUUGAUAAAUUAUUUAUCUAUACUUUUUGAAACAGGUAAUACUAUAUGCACUUACAUGUUUAACACUUCCAUUCAAGAUGUGAAAAAAACCCCUCGGAACAAACCCUAGACGUCAACGUUACGUUACUCCAGGUACUGACGACCCGUUUCAGAGAGAAGGACGUAUCCGUCUCUCCCUAAUGAAACACAACCAUCCACGUUAUACCGCGCACAGAUCUGACUUUGUGGCCAGCCCAUUAAGAUCCCAUGUAAUGAGGCGGAAGAUGGGAGGUCAGAAACAAGAGGAUGAGUGUGCUGCAGAAGUGUUUAAGGGAUCCAAUAAAAAGGCAAUGGUUUUUCAAAACACCAAGUUUCCUGCUUGGGUUCCGUGGCUGAGUAGGCAGAAUGCAGUGAGCACUCCUGACGGGACAAAGGAAACAGCUAUCCACGUUUGAGAAAGCAGUACAGAUUUUUAUUGUCGAAACAAGAGAUCUGAGUGUAACAGAACACAAAUAAAUUAAUUGUUCUCGUCA